GUAUUUUGUAAUGGAUUAAGUUUAAGAUCCAACUGAAUAUUAAGGAGCGUGUAUAAGAAGUGGUAAAAAAGCUUGCACUACUAGUUCUACCUAUGGUGGAAGUACCAAUCACUAUUUUACAAAUUUCCUUCUAGAUCUUGCUCGAGACAUUGUUUUAUAAUCUGAUUACUCUAGGAAACUUUUAGUUGUUAAACUGAAUCGUCUGUUGUUGUUCUGGGUCUGUCGGUAAACAAAACAGUCGAUUUUGAAUUCUGUGUGCGUCAGCAUUUUAAUUUCUUUAAAUUUAUUAGGAAAUUACGAUAGGUAAGCAUCCACGAAUCUUUUAGUUAUUUAUUUCUUAUUUGUUCUUCUUUAUAUUCAUUGACCACAAUAAAUAUAUUUAUCUUUCUUGCUUCUUAUUAUGUAGAGGAGAUUAGCGAUGUUUCUGUCCUUGGUUUUGAAGAGGUUAUUUCACUGGUAGCAAGGGCUACUCAGCGAGGGUUUCAGGAAAGCAGGAGACAAUAGACUCAAAUGUGUCUAGUGUCGUCAACUCAAUUAUUCCUUUUGGAAGUUUUUUCCAGUACCUGAUUGUCUUUGGCAGCAUUGAGCAUUUCUUGUGCUGUUAUGAGCCGGAACUGCCUGUCAUGGCCUCGUCAAUGUCUAUUUUGGGAGAGGGACGAGUUUCUGUUUAAUGAUGGAGCUGUGGAAUAUCCCAUUGUCAUGGAGAGCAUUGAUAAUCGUCCCCUUUCCAACAAUGAUGACAAGUCCAGUGUUUCCAACAUGCUGCCGACAUUAGAGAUGCUCCUGUAGCGGUUCAGGACAAAGCGUGCUGCACGAGGCUUGACCACCGCCAGCCUGACGUUGCUCCUCUGGGUGAAUGGGUCCCAGACCGGAGAUACGUAAUCUAAAAGCGGCCGAACAUAGGCUUUUUAAUCUCUUUCUUAUGCACCGGAGUUGCCGAUCGUCACUGACACUGGUACACCUGAGACCAGUCUAUCUAAGGCUUUGAAUCCUAAGACCGGUCUAGUUGAGGCUAGUACACAUUUGACUGGUGCAUUUCCUUGUUGUUUUCUUUAUUUAUUAAGUUGAAGUAAUUUAUUGAAUAAUAAUAUCUGGUGCAUACAUCUAUGGAUUAUUUGACUGCUUGUCCAAGAGGAAGUAAUUCAGCAGCACUAGCGUUUUGUAUCAAUUUGCUCAGUUUAAAGGACAUAACUUUAUAAUCUAGUGCAUUCUUUAAGUGAGCUCCACCCUAACAGAAGGUAGGAAGGUAUCGUUUGUCUUAAGGUCAGAACUCUUGUUGUCAAAAUGUUGAAUAACGUCUCCACAAAUUUUGGGCUGGUUGAAAGACACAAUUCUUAUGUUUCCUUAGAAUAACCUUUUUAUAUCAUGUUUAUGAAAUUAUUAAGCUUACUUUACUCAUCCUGUAGGAAUUUAUGAGGUGGAUAGAGAUUAACCUAUAUGUGAUCAUAGCAACAAAAAGACUGUGGCCCUGAUUUCUUUCUUCAUUAUUCAGCUUAAAAUGGAAGACGACGACUUUUUGAAGUUUAGUAAGUAGAAUCAUUUCAAUCACAUCAGAACUGUUAUUGUUGUUUUUUUUUUCUAUUUUGUAUUCGGGGUUCAUCUGAAUCUUAUUGUAAUACUGCGAUGUAGUGUCAACAGUGGUACGAUAUCGUUAAAUAUGUAAGAUGUUUUUAAAUAUCAUUUUUGAUAGACGUUUUCCAGAGAACAAAAAAAUUGGGGGCUAAAGUGAAAUGCCUGGAUACGGAGAUCUGGCUGAUCAAAAUAACCGUUUUGAAGAUAUGAAAAGGUGCAAUGAAAUGGCACGCACGGGUUCUUAUUCCGUCUGGAAUAUUGCAAGACACACUUGUAUGUGUUGAAUGUGUUAUAUCGAAUUAUAAUUUAUAUUUUAACACAUGCAAUAAAACAACCCCUAAAAACAAAGUUUGUCGAAUAAAUCCUUUAUAAAAUGUUAUAUGGAGCAAUGGGGUAGGGGUUAAAAUUUGGCCCAAAAAUGCUUCCAAAUAGCGCACUUGAUAAGAAUCACCAAUAGUGCCCCCAUACCCCAAUCAGGACUCGCAACCACAGAUUUUUUUCACGCCACUGACCUCCAUUCAUAUUCUAUUUCCAACUCGAUUUUACACAGCUGAUUUGUUUUACCAAAUAUUUUAGGAAAACCAAAGCAAAAUAUUACGCAUCAAACACACUUGUGAUGUUUUCUUUUUUAAUGAAUAUUAUUUCACGCCGUUGUUAGGGAAUUUUAUUUUAUCUUCAUUAAAAAAAAAGAUAAGGAAAAACUAGAUAUGGGUGGUUUGGUUUGCAGGUGGGGCUAAAAUUUGAAAGAAUGUGUCGUCAUCAAAUACGAGUCUAUGUGUCAUGUUUAAGCUGGAUAGGUUGCGGGAAGUGGGUCAGUUAGGCGUCCGAAUUUUUUUUUGCCUGCAACCCAGCCAGCCACACAAGAAGAAAAGGAAGUUAGUAUUAAAGAUUUAGGAAGGGCCGUGUAAUAAAAAAAGACGUUAGUACUUUUGAGAUCUGUGACGGUAUGUACCGGUAUAUUAUAAACAGUCAUGUGUAAGCACAUUUUAGCAAAUAAUUUUGAGUUAAAGAACAAAAUUCCUGGAAAAUGAAAGUUGAUUUUUGUUAUAAAAUUAAUUUUGUGACCCCCUCAGUUUCAUUGAGACGAUGGUGUGUGUGUGGCUAAUGGAAGCAAGUUCAUGCUACGUCUGGGUUGGAUAAAAUGAUGUUGGUCCUUCUGUCUUUGUUGUGUAGAAUAUGAUACUGACGUCUUGACAGCGCCGGGAAUACAAAUUAACCUGUUUUAUUUGACGAUGUGAAGCUGCGUCAGGUCUUUUGGUUUGCGCGGCUCUUAGUGCAGAGUUCAACUGUGUUGGCCAGAAGCUAGUACAAGGUUGCCAACUUCACGUACAGGGGCCUUGACCUGAGAACCGGAGUACUUUGACUGUGAGAAAAAAAGUUGCUAUACGAUGAAAGAAGAUUUUAACAGUAUCGCAUUAUCGACAUUGUUUAGCGCAUAACUUCGGAAUUACUAAACAAUUACCACUUUAAUUUUUUUUUUUAAAAUUGUGUAUAACCUUCAGAUGUUGUUUUGCUUGACCUGAAUUUAUAGACCUUACCCCCCCCCCACCCAUGGGGGGUGGGGGGUAGAAAAGUGCAUAGAUCCAAGUGCUUUUUUCCCCAUUACCCAGACUUGUCUUUCUUCUUUUUGUUAUAAUGAUUUUUCACUAGUCUGUUAUUUCAUUUUCUUUUUCUUCAUGUUCUUUGGUCUCCAAAUGCUAUCUGUUCAUGGUGUCUAACAUACUGUUACGCUUUAUUUUCCUGUGAAUACCAGAUUCCUCCAACCAACCAAAAAGCAUGCGGAGAUGUUCCAAGCGAAUGUACCAUCGCAAUUUUUUCCCAGCACAUUCCUUUUCGAUUAAUAAUCUCCCAGAAGAUCGUCGAGAUGAGAAUCUGCAUGGUCUUAUUCUAUUGAUGGCAGAGCUUACUGGGCUCAUUGAGGUGGAAACUACUAGCAACGAUAAAGGAACUGGGUCUAUUCAACGUAGCAUAGAUAAAGGAACUGGGUUUAUUCAACGUAGCAUAGAUAAAGGAACUGGGUCUAUUCAACGUAGCAACGAUAAAGGAAAUGGGUCUAUUCAACGUAGCAACGAUAAAGGAACUGGGUCUAUUCAACGUAGCAACGAUAAAGGAAAUGGGUCUAUUCAACGUAGCAACGAUAAAGGAACUGGGUCUAUUCAACGUAGCAACGAUAAAGGAACUGGGUCUAUUCAACGUAGCAACGAUAAAGGAACUGGGUCUAUUCAAAGUAGCAACGAUAAAGGAACUGGGUUUAUUCAACGUAUACGCCUCGAGCACGGUAUUUGUCCGUGCCAUGAGUGCAAAGACGAAAGCCGGAAGUUCGCCAUUUUAACCGUGUCUACUGUCGUGCACAUGUUUUCCGAUAUCGAAUUGGAUCAUCACAAUCGAUACAAAAUAAAUUGGAAUCCCAAAUGUGUUACCAUGACCUUAAAGUAUAAUUAUAAGAAUAAGUAUGGAACCAAGAAAAUCUAUGGCUGGAAGUUAUUGGAAAAUGAUAAGGACAUUGAUGAGCGGAUGGACUGGUGCUGUAUUGAGUUUGUGACACACGAUUUAGAGUUGGUUGAAGAGCUGGACAGAUAUGUAAAUAAAUACCAGGAAAAGCAAGCAACGGUUUACAAUAAAUAUAAAGAUGAGAAAGAUGUGAACCUAGUUGUUGUCGUAGGCCAUCCCCACGGCGGAAUUAAAAAGGUCAGCAUUGGAAAAAAGUGGGUUACAUUUCAGGGCGGAAAAAAGUGGGGUACAUUUCAGGGCUUAAAGGAGCUCCGCGACACACAGAGAUGGGGCUCUUAUAACUAUACCACGCCAACUUGCCCAGGAAGUAGUGGAUCACCGAUAUUAAUUCUGGGUCAACCUAUUUGUGGAUUUGGAUACUGGUUCGGACAUCCACAUAAUCAUGCAGGUUUCGAUAAAGACAAACAGAUUCCAAAUACUGAACUUUUUAAUACAAGUUCAAUUGGUGCAGAGUACGUAGUGGCUAAUUGAUGGUUUUUGUAUCUAAUCUACUUGUUAAUUGCAUUGUGUCACAAACAUCAGCGCACAGAAGACUCAGAGUAGUCAAAAGAUUGAAGAGUAGACAGCAGACACACAGCAGACUGCAGAGAUAGGAGUAGGUAGGGGAUCCAAACGCAGACACUAUUCAAAUGACUAGACAAUAUACACAUGAGAAAUGGCAGACGCAAAAUCCUCUUUUUCCUUAGGCGUCGUAAUAAAUACCCUCCAUUUGUACUAUAUAUUGUUACACACAUGGACACCAAAUUACAACACAUCAUGAAUGACAUGGUGCGCAAAUAAUGAUUAGAACUUGUUUUGUUUUUUUAAUCAACGAUACUACACACCAUUCAUUCUAUCGUUGUUUGCAUGCAAGUUUCACAGCAG